UCACGCAAGACUUCAUCUCGUCGACCUAAACUCAUGCGCGCCUCUGCCACGGCACCGAGUCUCGCUAUCUCCAAUGCCUCAAGGAAAGAUCUUGCCCUCGCAAGCCUGCAGAAUUCGAGAGCGGCGACGCUAUUGACGAGGGUGGCGAGCUAUUCCAGUGCGCAGAUGGGGUAUGGUGGUGGGAAUGGCGGGAGUGGAGGCAAGAGACAGAGUGUCGGGAGCUUUUGUGAGAGUCCGGUUGAUAGCAGGAGUCCGGAGGCAAAUGGGAUGCAUAUGGAGAGGAAGGAGCCGUUUGAGAUUGUGAUCAGUCAGUGUGGGAAUUACUUCAGCUUCCCGAGCUUUGAGUAUUUUGAGGAUUAUCAGGAAAGUCAGGAAAGGAUAGAU